GUUUGGUCGAGUCUUGUGGGUUUUUAAAUACUUUUUGACUGGUUCACGGUUGGUGUGGUGGUUUAACAUGCGAAAAACGUUUGAGGAAAUGUAAUUUUUGUGACUGGGAAUACGAUUACGAUAUAAGAAAUGGCUACGAUAGACGGCCGUCCCGCGCAAUAUGGAAUAUCUUUAAAACAUUUGCGCGACCUUAUGGAACAUCGAGGUCAUGAAGGAAUAAAUAAAGUACAAGAACUAGGAGGAGUACAAGAAAUAUGUAAAAAAUUAUACACAUCACCCAGUGAAGGCCUGAGUGGUUCACGAGUAGAUCUAGACCAUAGGAGAGAAACAUUUGGUUCGAAUUCAAUACCUCCCAAACCACCGAAAACUUUUAUGCAAUUAGUAUGGGAAGCUUUGCAAGACAUUACCCUUAUUAUUUUAGAAGUAGCUGCCAUAGUCUCUUUAGGUCUUUCAUUUUACCAACCACCUCAAGAUGAUCAACCUUUUGACGACGAUGAGACGAGUCACGGUUGGAUAGAGGGUUUGGCAAUUUUAAUUUCCGUUAUUGUAGUUGUAUUUGUAACGGCGUUUAACGAUUAUACAAAAGAAAGACAGUUCAGAGGUCUUCAAAGUAGGAUCGAAGGCGAACACAAGUUUUCCGUCAUACGACAGGGAGAGGUGAAACAAAUUUCAGUCAGCGAUAUAGUAGUAGGUGAUAUUUGCCAAAUUAAAUAUGGUGACCUUUUACCAGCCGAUGGUAUUCUUAUACAAUCCAACGACUUAAAGGUGGAUGAAUCGUCGCUAACGGGUGAAUCGGACCAUGUGAAGAAAGGCGAGAGCUACGACCCGAUGGUGCUCUCCGGCACCCACGUGAUGGAGGGUUCCGGCAAGAUGUUGGUCACCGCCGUCGGCGUCAACUCCCAGGCGGGUAUCAUCUUCACGCUGCUCGGGGCGGCCGUCGACCAACAGGAGGCCGAGAUCAAGAAAAUGAAGAAAGAAGCUAAAAAGCAGCGGAAGAAGAAAAGUUUGACAGGCGACGAUGAUAAUGUAACGAGCAACAGUCACAUGAACUCACCGGCGCCGGUCGUCAACAAACACGACGAGGCCCAGGACGGCAAGGAGAACCACGUGCAGUCGUCGGGCGGCGGCGGCGACAGUCCGAAGAAAGAGAAGUCCGUGUUGCAAGCUAAGCUGACCAAAUUGGCCAUCCAAAUAGGAUACGCCGGCUCCAGUAUCGCCGUCGUGACCGUCGUUAUUUUGAUUAUUCAUUUUUGUAUCAAGACCUUCGUGGUUGCCGGCAAACCCUGGAAGAACUCGUACGCGAACAAUCUGGUCAGGCAUUUAAUCAUCGGUGUCACUGUGCUGGUCGUCGCCGUUCCGGAAGGUCUACCUUUGGCUGUCACGUUGUCCUUAGCUUAUAGUGUUAAGAAAAUGAUGAAAGACAACAAUUUAGUAAGACAUUUGGACGCCUGCGAGACCAUGGGUAACGCAACAUCUAUCUGUUCAGAUAAAACUGGUACACUCACAACAAAUCGGAUGACCGUCGUGCAAUCGUACAUUUGCGAGCAACUUUGCAAAACAAUGCCCAAGUUCAGCGAUAUACCAAAACAGGUCGGCAAAUACAUCAUCGAGGGUAUCGCCGUCAACUGCGCAUACACUUCACGAAUCAUGCCACCUGAUGAAGCAAACGAGUUGCCAAAACAGGUUGGUAACAAGACCGAAUGUGCCCUGCUAGGUUUCGUGCAGAACUUGAACCAAAACUAUCAGACGGUGCGCGACGACUGCCCGGAGGAGAAUUUCACUCGUGUAUAUACUUUUAAUUCGGUUAGGAAGUCGAUGAGUACCGUAAUUCCGAGGAGAGAGGGCGGUUUCCGGUUGUACACUAAAGGUGCUUCAGAAAUUAUAUUAAACAAGUGUGCCUUUAUAUAUGGUCACGACGGCCAACUGGAGAAGUUCACACGCGACAUGCAGGAACGCCUGCUCAAACAGGUGAUCGAGCCGAUGGCCUGCGACGGCCUGAGGACCAUCUGCAUCGCGUACAGGGAAUUCGUGCCCGGCAAGGCCGAAAUCAACCAGGUCCACUUCGACCCCAACACGGAACCGAACUGGGACGACGAGGAGAACAUCGUGAACAACUUGACGUGCCUAUGCGUGGUCGGCAUCGAGGACCCCGUACGUCCCGAGGUGCCGGAGGCGAUCAGGCGAUGCCAGAAGGCGGGUAUUACCGUCCGCAUGGUGACUGGCGACAACGUGAACACGGCCAGGUCGAUAGCGACGAAGUGCGGCAUCGUCAAGCCGAACGAAGACUUCCUCAUUCUCGAGGGCAAGGAGUUCAACAAGCGGAUCAGGGACAGCAGCGGAGAGGUGCAGCAACAUCUGCUGGACAAAGUAUGGCCUAAGUUGAGGGUGUUGGCGCGGUCCUCGCCCACCGACAAGUUCACGCUCGUCAAGGGUAUCAUUGACAGUAAAGUUAACGACAAUAGGGAAGUCGUCGCUGUGACCGGCGACGGUACCAACGAUGGUCCCGCCCUCAAGAAAGCCGACGUAGGCUUUGCCAUGGGUAUCGCUGGUACCGACGUGGCAAAGGAAGCCUCCGACAUUAUAUUAACAGAUGACAACUUCAGUAGUAUCGUGAAGGCUGUAAUGUGGGGAAGAAAUGUCUAUGACAGUAUAGCGAAGUUUUUACAGUUCCAGCUUACUGUUAAUGUUGUUGCCGUUGUUGUAGCAUUUAUUGGUGCUUGUGCUGUACAAGACAGUCCACUCAAGGCUGUACAAAUGUUAUGGGUAAAUUUAAUUAUGGACACAUUAGCUUCUCUAGCUUUAGCGACUGAACUUCCUACAAGCGACUUAUUGUUAAGGAAACCCUACGGAAGAACAAAGCCUUUAAUUUCAAGAACUAUGAUGAAAAAUAUUUUAGGACAAGCAAUAUAUCAAUUGACUGUUAUAUUCGCUUUAUUGUUUGUCGGUGACAAAUUGUUAGACAUUGAAAACGGUAGAUCUGUAGAAAUCUCCCACGGACCAACCCAACAUUUCACAGUUAUCUUUAAUUCAUUUGUGCUAAUGACCCUGUUCAAUGAGUUCAACGCCAGGAAGAUCCACGGACAGCGCAACGUGUUCGAAGGAAUAACCACCAAUCCCAUUUUCUAUUGUAUCUGGAUUGGAACUUGUUUGUCACAGUUCGUCAUUAUUCAUUACGGUAAAAUGGCCUUCUCAACGAAGAGCCUGACGUUAGAACAAUGGCUUUGGUGUCUAUUCUUUGGAGUGGGUACAUUGCUGUGGGGACAGUUGGUGACAACGAUACCUACCAAAAAGUUACCCAAAAUUCUUUCAUGGGGUCGAGGACACCCUGAAGAGUACACUGAAGCGAUAAACAUCGGGGAGGAGAAAUUCGAUGUAGACUCUGAUAAGAAACCUAGGGCGGGUCAGAUAUUGUGGAUUAGAGGUCUAACUAGGUUACAAACCCAGGUGAUAGGUGGUGAAUUGCAGGAGCGUUUGAUUCCGGUUCCGUACAGCAAGAGUUCGACUGAUCAAGCUAUCCGAGUAGUUAAUGCUUUCCGUCAGGGCCUAGAUGCUCGAUACGGCGAACACAGCAAUACUUCCCUAGCCGAGGUACUUCGCAAACAGUCGUCUCUGUCAAAGAGACUGUCCCAAACAUCUUCCAUUGAAUAUGCCGAUAACAUCCCGGACGAGUUGACGAUUCCCGAGAUUGAUGUGGAGCGGUUGUCCUCUCAUAGUCACACUGAAACGGCUGUCUAGCUCCCCACCCAGUGCGCAAACGCGCCUCGCCUUCCCGUUCCUGUUCUACUCCGGCCAACCAACAACAACAACAACAACAACUACAACUACAACUACAACAACUACUACUACACCAUCACUUCCAGUUACAAUACAUACCACCUUCAAUACAACAACUUCUACUACAACUUCUACUUCUACAAGUACAGUCACUACAGUAAAAUGCGAAUGUUAUAUAGUUUUAAAGACAAUUACUCAAUAACUGAGCGAGAAGAGCGUCGGACAGACGUUGAAGAUGUAGUACUACCGGUGCCGCCGGUGUCGCCGUGGCCUUUAAAGUCAAGCAAAUGUAAAAGAGAACGAGCCUGCGAAAACAGCAAACGCAGGCUCUCAACAAACACCAAUAAAGAAGAUCAGAAGCCGACCGUCGCUGCCGCCGUCGCCGUUACCAUCGCCGCCGCCGCCGCCGCCGCCGCCUCCGCCGCUGCUCUACGAAUACGUUGCAUUGUUUGUUCGUUGAUUUGUUGUUAUUUAGUGGACUUGAGUGACUCGUUUGGCACAUUCACAAGACAGGAUCCGUGCUGGCAAAAUGAACAAAAGAUUAGCAAUAAAUGGGCGAUCAAAUCGCUCAUAGCAUUAAAAUUAGGUGCCUAGUUGGGGUUCGCUUGUUGAUGGCGUAUCCCACAAAAUAACGGGGACGCGAGGCCGCAGAAACCGAAGGCCGAAGUUCGCCAGGUCAGUAGUGCACCAUCACCCGGCUUCAAUUUCGUUGCGCCUUCGUCACGUCUCUCGCCCUCGUUAGUUUUUUCGACGGCUCCUCCUCAUCGAUCCGAACUGAUUUUCUAGAUUCGGUUUUCGCUGACGGGCGCCGUUUUAUUUUUAAAGGUAGGAUUCAUAUGUUGUCUGCCAAAUGUUCGAGGGAAGCCGAUAAUCGCCCAUACUUUAUAGGCUAGAAUUUAUAAAUAAUAUUAUUACUGUUAACUGGUUACCGUCUUCCCUCAACUUUCAUCUAUUGUAAUCUAGGUCUAACUAUGACAGUUAUGUAGAUAGAAGUUUAGAAGUGAACACUAGGUAUGUAAUCUAUACAUAUUUUAAUUGAUCUAGUACGAGGCAACGGGCAUUAGACACUACCUCCGCCUCAGUGAUUGUUUUAUACUUUAUCUGUGUGUAUUUCAUUAAUACAACUACAAGUACAGUACUCUAAAGUUAUUACGUAUGUAGUUAGUGAGCUGUGUUUAAGGGCGCACCGGAAAAACAAGCUGAGUCGUGCCGAACGUUCUAGUCGGCUAAUUGUACUUAAUACACCAUUUUUCUCCUCUUGCACCUUGAGGAUUAAAACUGGGUUCAAUUCAACUCUCUCUCUCUCUCUCUAUCUCUCCCAAUUCUUCUCUAUCUCUCUAUAUAUAUCGUAUCUAUAUCUCUCUUCAACUGUUCAAUUGUUACUCACCACAAUCAUCGUUGCCAAUCGAUCACUUCUCUUCCACCUCGACCAUUGAAUGUCACAUCUUGUUGAUCCUCCACCGACAUCCACACUUUUCCCCAUUCAUUUAUUUACCCCCACACACGUGUGGUCCGCCCCGUUUCCAAUUCGACCGUCGAUCGAUCCGGUGCACCCGUGCAACACGCACCUUCGGGCCGUCGAAGCUUACCCCCGUCCGUCUCCGGAGCCGCCCGGUUUUUUCACAGUUGUUUCUUCCAGUUGUCGUUUUUAAGUCGAAAAAUUUAAACAACACAUGGGACCAAUACUUAAAUCUCCCUAUAUCAGUGAUAUUUGCAAGAAAAAAUUACAACCAGAUGAUGCAACGGUCGGAAUGAAUCCGGUCACGAGUCGGCGGGUAAGUUUGGAGGGUCGCACGCGUCGGGUGCUGCACCGAGGUACCGGAUACGUCGGCGGUGGAGUUUCCAACGUUGCGGCUCACGCCUGUCCCGUUGUUGCAAGCCUAAUAAAGAAAGGUGUGAGUGUCCGGUGUAAUAAUAAAUGUUUGAAAUUAAUGUUGAAUAGAUUUAUAAUUAAUAAAAAGUUAUGGGGCAAUCAAUGGUUGAAGUGGGAACGGACUGGUUCGUGAACAGUAAACGUUUGAAAUUUUUGUCCGGAAAUCAGAGAAUCACAGUAUAGUAAAUGAAAGAAACAGUUUCGUCAGUAUUUGCGCGACCUGCGUUUUGGCUUGUUCCUCCAAUACGCUUACGCACACAUUUAUACACUACUCCGUAUCGGAUCUAUCGAUUGGGAUACUGCCAGCACUAAAAACGAUCAUUUCAUGUUUUUUCAAGGGCAAAAAUCAUGUUUGCGGACGCACAGCUUCGCCAUUUUUACCAUCAUUAAUAGUGCUGGUAGCAGGCUCUUAUAUUUGCUGCGGUCUUCUCGCAAAUUCUCUUGCCUUCUAGACCGCUGUUCUGUCAAAAAUCAUUGUAAAUUAUAAAUUAUACUUCGAGGCACCGGACAGAAGGCAUUGUGUGCUGUAAGAAGAACGUAGAAGUACUUUCUAAACGUAAAUAAAAGUAACACCACAUCGCCCCUUAGCGAUGUACGUCAUCAAGUUGUAUUAUAAAGAGUAUAAUUUAAGUAGUUCGUCACGCCAUCACUUCAAAACUCCAAACACUUCUAGUUGAUCAAACGAACUACUAGUACUACUACUACUACUACUACGUAUUCUACUACUACGUAUUCUACUAUCUGUCACGUACAUUAAAAAAUCCAUUCUCGCCGUCUCGGCGAGCUUCUACAUAGAUCAUACAUAUGUAAGAUAAGUUUAUUUCUAAAACCUCACACCUUGACUAAUUUGAGAACAAGUACGAGAAAAAAAAAUCUUUUAAAUGGGGUGUUAUAGUAAUUUUUGCCUGUAGAUAAUAUAAAGAAGAAAAAAUCGUGUCAAUCGGGCGUUAGUUUUCAAGACGCGUGCCUGCCAGGUUCAUUUCAAAUCUGUGUGAUGAUUGGCUUUUACAAUCACGUGCCUAAUAGAAGAGAGUCCGCCGAAAAAAAAAAAAAAUCGUUUUCUUGCCCACAAAGAGAAACUGUGAAUAAAGUACAAACAAUUAUUUUGAUAAGAAUUUUUUUACACUGGAUUGGCAAGUUUCUAGAAGCGGAAAGUCAUUUGUCAAUUAAUUCCUGAUCACUCGAUCGCGCAAACAUAAUUUCUCCGUGGUCCGGAAGAAUGUCGUGAGUGCCAUCUUAAAAACUGGCGCCCCUCGUACGGUUUUAUUAUUUAUUAAGUACCGGGUGUUUCGACAAAUUUUUUCGACUUUAUUCGCAAAUCGAUUUUGAAAUUGUUCACUACCUACUUUUGACUUGUACAUUGAUCACUGUUUUUAUUCUUGUAAUUAGCAUUAUUAUUCAAAAGUAGGGGAUGAUGAAGGCAUGUUGAAUGUAGGCCGACCUUUUAGAUUAAAAUUUGUGAAAUGGUCUUACACUUUUGAUGGAGCCUCUCUAUCUGUUGAUGUAGGGAGGUUCUGCUAGUUUUCCGUAAAGAUCAUGUUUUCUCCCUGUAUUUAACAUGUUUAAUCCAUUUUCGGAUAAGAUUACUUGAAACUGUCGGUAUAGAUAAUUUUUUAAUGCCAAAUUAAUGUUUGGCAAAUCAGUUUUAGUUGUUAAUGUAAUUAUAUUAAUAAUAAUAAAAUAAAUUUAAAAAUC